CCCCACAUGUACCACUUGUACCAUUCCUACGCCCCAUUUGUACCAUUCAUUCACGCCAUUUGUAUGUUCCAUUAGUCCCGCUGGCGCCCCAUGACUGACCCCCUUCCUCCCUCCGCAGGUCGCAAUGAGCUGAUCGCCCGCUACAUCAAGCUACGGACAGGCAAGACCCGAACCCGCAAGCAAGUUUCGUCUCACAUCCAGGUUCUCGCGAGACGCAAGCUACGCGAGAUCCAGGCCAAGCUCAAGGAUGUACCAGGGGGCUGCACAUCAGAAGAAAAUGGAGGAAUGCUUAGACUGGAUGCUGCCACAAAAGAAAAAGCAUUGCAGACAAUGUCCUCCAUGUCAUCUGCGCAGAUCGUAUCCGCGUCAGUGAUGCACAACAAGGCAUCCCUUGGGUUACCUCCUCCUCCUGUGUCAUAUGCCAGUGCUUUUUGGCAAGGAGGUCUUCAGGCCGGAACAAGUCAAGAUGUCAAGCCUUUUGCUCAGUCCCCCUUUGGCAUGGGCAGCGAAACAAAGCCUGGAACAGGAGGCAUGAGUGGUCUCCUACAGCCAGCCCCGGCACCCUCUGUCACAGUGCCACCAUGGGAAGGAAGAUCCAUUGCCACCCAGAAGCUGCGACUUGUUGAGUUUAGUGCUUUCAUGGAGUCCCAGAGAGAUCCAGACACAUAUCAGAAGCAUCUGUUUGUUCACAUAGGUGGACCCACGACAUAUGCAGAUCCAAUAUUAGAGGCGGUUGACAUUCGACAGAUUUAUGAUAAAUUCCCAGAGAAGAAAGGAGGGCUAAAGGAACUCUAUGACAAGGGCCCACAAAAUGCCUUCUUCCUCGUUAAGUUCUGGGCUGAUCUUAAUGUCAAUAUUCAGGACGAAUCUGGAACCUUCUAUGGCGUCACAAGCCAGUAUGAGAGUCCUGAGAAUAUGACAAUCACUUGCUCCACGAAAGUGUGCUCGUUUGGCAAGCAGGUGGUCGAGAAAGUGGAGACAGAAUAUGCCCGCUUCGAGAAUGGCCGCUUUGUGUAUCGCAUCCACCGUUCUCCGAUGUGCGAGUACAUGAUCAAUUUCAUCCACAAACUGAAACACCUUCCUGAGAAAUAUAUGAUGAACAGUGUCUUGGAGAACUUCACCAUUUUACAGGUGGUAACCAACCGCGACACGCAAGAGACACUACUGUGUGUAGCAUAUGUGUUUGAAGUUUCUACGUCUGAGCAUGGUGCGCAACAUCACAUUUAUCGUCUGGUGAAAGACUAACAACACGCCCCAGUGCAGCUCAUUCUAGCGUCAUGUCAGACGUUGAGCUGGCAUCUUGUUUAGCACCAUGUUCCGCAUUGCAGGAAAUGCCUUGUGAAGGAUUACAGUUGUGCCCCUAUGUAAAUUAUCUGCCUGUCUGUUGCAGUGCUGACCUCUUGCCUAUAAGUGCUCGAAUUUAAUACUUGAAAAAAACAAAAAACAAAAAUAAUUUCAUCCAGGCUCCAAGCAUAAAGCCAAAACACCAAGCACAUACUCUCACGGUUGUACUGUAUGGUCUGGCAGCUUACCCUUGUACCAGUUUGUGUUAUGUUGAGAUGUUCCAACAUACUGUGGCAGCUGUUUGCCGGGUUCCAGCCUAAAGAUGGCAAAGACAGCUAUGAAGACUCUGGUUACUUGAAAACCAUCAAAGGCAUUCAUGAUAAAGUAAAACAUGAUACUCAAGCUCAGCAGAUGUUGCUUGUAUUUGUAAAUCUGCAUGUGUUUUCUGCAAUGUAACAGCAUUAGUAGUUCAGUAUUGGUUUACUGAUGUACCAUGCAGAGUUUUUGUGAUCUGAUAUUCAGAUAAGCAACUCUGGAUGUGCACGACACUACUGUCAAAGGCAAAUGAUUUGUAUAAAACUAAACAAAACUAUUUAAAUCAUUAAAUUCACUGGACAUCUUGCCGGUGAUGUUGAUGGUUGAGCAUAAUAAUAUGAUGUACAGAUAUAUAAAUGUUGGGCUGGCAAUUGGUGCAAAUGAGGAGUGAGUGUGACCUGCCCUGUGCCUCAUUGACAAACACUCAAUGUACAGUAUAGUGUGCUGGGGUAAUUGCCCAUCCAGGUCGUCGACAUGCAAAUAUAUUGUAAUGCCUACUGUACUUAAAAAUAUAAAAAUAUAAAAACCAAAAAAAAAAAAA